AUGCGGGCUUCCUGGAUCUGGAUUGCGGCCACAUUCCUCACCUCUGCACAAUCAACCGACACAGUGCCCUUCUCCCCAGCCCAAGAAGCGGUAUCCAACAGACGAGCCUUCGAAGUCCUCCGAAUCCUCCAAAGAGCCGACAACAAUUGUCCAAGCGGAACAAACCCAUGCACAGCCCUAGGCAACGCCAAUGCAUGCUGUAAACAAGGCACAAAUUGCUCCCGCGAUGCAGCCGACAACAUCGCUUGCUGCGCGACUGGCGCAAGUUGCACUGGCAGCUUGACAGGAACCAAGACAACGGGCACCGGUACCGCCUUUAUGUUCCCUAACACUGCGACCGCAACCGCCACCACCUCGGCCUCCGUCACCGCGUCCACACUGGACGGUGCUUAUCCAUUUGUCUACGUGCCCACUGCUUUCAACAACCCCGAGACCUGCUCUUCAUACUACUCCAUGUGUCAAUCGGAGUACACUGCUUGUACGGGGAAUCUGAUAGGCCGCUAUGGGGUUACGAUCGGUGGUGCUGGGUCGGGCAAGACCGUCCAAGCUGUUACGGCGGCGUCGCAGGCGACUUCGAUUUGCUCGAGUUUGAGUGCUGAUGCUUGCCAUGGGAUCAAUUUGGCAUAUUGCGGUUCGGUCGCGACACAGACAGGAGAUACCGAGGCUAGUGGGAACCAUGCUUUGCCUGUUCGCUCAUCAAGUCUUCAUGAUCUGGCACUUGGUUUGAUGGUUGGAGUUGCGGGGAUGUUUAUAUGA